CGCAAGUUGAUAAGAACACUGAUAUUGAAAUAUGAUUAUUGAUUAAACGCAUAAACUUUUUUCAUUCCUUCUGUUGAAAUGUGUUAUCAUAAUAUUUCUUCAGAUUGAAGUCAAAAACAUGAUUACUAUGUAAUCUAUCCAAUAUAAUAUUAUUUAUGCUAUGUUUUAUGAUAAACAAGAGAAACUAUAGUUGGUAGUAAAUUAUUUGCAAACCCCAAAAUGAUAUCUACUUCUAGUAUUCUUUUACUGCUGACUUUAAGUCAGAUAUGUGGUUGUGUUGACAUCAGUUAUCUUGUCUUUAGAAACAAUGUUCAGGGUCAACCUGUUGCAUUUGGUGAUUUUGAUUCCGAUGAACUUACCGAUAUGUUUAUUCUAAAAGACAAUAGUCAAUCAGUUGAAAUUAUGUUUGGUUCCAAUGCUGAACCUUUUUUAAAGCCCGGAGCAAAAACCAAAUGUAAAUUUAAUAACCAUAUCAUUACAUCAGUUGUACCUGGUGACUUCAAUGGUGAUGCUCUGAUGGAUUUAUUAGUUACUGUCAGUAAUAUAACCAAACCAAAAAAAGGAAUUUCCACAUGGUUUGGAGAAAGUGAAACUCCAAAUAAUGAUUUGGAUGUACAUAUAUUAUGGGGUGAUUUAAGUGACUUAAAAUGUUCAGAUGAAAAUAAACCACUUUUUACUAUUGUUGAUCAACCUUUGGUGAUAAACUAUGAUAACAAUAUGAUUGUGGAUUUAUUCGGUGUCAAAAGAGUAGCACCAAAUAUAACACAAAGAAUGUUUUGGUUGUUUAAUUCAACUGGAAACUUUACAGAAAUGCCAAUGUUAAGAAAUCAAUCAGCAAUAAGAAUUCCUCAAUCGCAUGGAUUUGUAGAUAUAGGAGGAGAUGUUGCACCUGAUUUAUAUUUGACAACUAAAGACGGGUAUGAAGUAUGGCUCUCUGAUUCUACAGUUGAUGCAUUUGUUUUUAAUGAAACAAUCCCAUUUCCUGAUGAUUUGACUGUUGGGAAUAUUGGUCAAACUGCUUUUAUGGAUUUACAACUUAAAGGACGCAUGGAUCAUAUUGUACCAGUUUGUUUUGAUGCAAAAUGUACUAACAGCACUAUUUAUUUUUAUGAUUCAACCCGCUGGUAUAAUUUAGGAAUUAACUUUCAUUAUGGUAACAAUGUUUGGGGAUUUGUUCCGCCAAAACCUAAUAAGCCAUAUUUAGAAACAAUUACUUUGAGACCUGGUGAUUUCAACAUGGAUGGUUACCCAGAUUUAUUAGGCACAUUAUGUCCUGGAGGAAAUUCACAGAAAACUAAAGUACUCUUGAUGGAAAAUGUUGCUUGCUCUACAGGCUGUGAAGGGUUUGACAGAACAUUUAUUGUUCGAUGGGAUUUACUUCAGCCCAUGAAUGGAAACAAAUACAAUAUCAUGGGGGCAUUUUAUGAUUUCUUUCAAAAUGGUAUAUUAGAUGUUUUGUUGGUUAGUGGAGGUGAUGGAGAAUAUAAUAUGUCUGCUUUCAAGAACAGUUUGGACUACGAUGCAAAUUUUUUGAAAGUUAUGGUUGUUACUGGUUUGACAAACAGCAAAUAUGAAGCAUCACCCAGUCAUUUAGGAAAAAAAUCUCGUACAUUUGGUACUAACUUACCAGGACCAAAAGUUAGUUAUCUUACAACAACUCAAGAUGGUGAUCCUCGUCAGGGUGUAGCUACACAGUUACCUCAGUCUGCUCACUAUUCACUUUAUUUGCCUUAUACUAUAUUUGGACUUGGCCGCACUCCUAACUUUGUUGAUGAACUUAUUGUGUCGGUUUUAAAUGAAACUCGUUCUUGGACGCAAAUCAUUCCGAAUUCCCAAAUGGUAGUUAUUCCAAAUCCAAUAGAUGAACCAAGUAGAUGGAAUGCUAAGCUGUUUGUUACACCUAGCCGUUUAAUUUUACAAAGUGCUGCUGCUCUUGCAGGAACAUGUUUGCUUAUCUUGUUUAUAAUAGGAGUUCUAUAUUUUAAAGAACGUCAAGAAGAUCGUAUAGAAAAACGUAUGGAAGCACAUAAAUUUCAUUUUGAUGCUAUGUAAAAAUUAAAAUUGGUAAAAUUAUUUUUAUUUUCUAUUUACUGUGAUUGUUAUAAUAAAUAUUCAUAUUUUUAACUCAGUAAUAGUUACAAAAUUGCUUUAUUCAUAGUUUUUAUGUUUUUCCCAAUGAU